AAUUUGGCUAAAAAAUGCCGGCUGACGUUGCAAUUAGUCGAAGAUAAGGCGAAAAUUGCCGCUAAUGAAACUAGCUGAUAGCCGGAAAGCUCAUUUCUCGGUCGACAUGUUGCUUUUAUGGUUAAUUAUAUUGGCGCUCUCCGCAAUUUAUUACGUGGAGAGGAAGAAACGGUUCGAAAGAAUAUGGAAGCACAUACUGCAAAUACCGGGACCCGAAGCGAAGCUGCUCAUCGGCACCAAUUACAAGCUGAUCUCUUGCGAGGAUAUAUUCGAACGGGAAAGGCGGCGAAUGAGAGAAUUUUUUCCGAUAUACAAAACGUGGAUAUUUCACACGCCUUUCGUCCAUCUAGCCGAUCCCGAUGACAUGGAAGUAAGUGAAUCAACUCCUUCGCGUAAAAAUUGUCCCAUCGCCUUUACUUUCCAGAAAAUACUUACCAAACCCAUUCACAUAACGAAAGGUUUAUCAGCCGAGAAGAUGUUCGGGGACUGGUUGCACGGAGGACUCAUCAUGAUCACCGGCUCGAAAUGGUACAGGCGUAGGAAGCUGCUGGAACCUUCCUUCCACUUCAACAACCUCAAAACCUUCGCUGAGCUCUUCUACGUAGAAGCCCAAGCUCUAGUCGAAGACCUCAAGAAAAACUGCCACGAGCCUUACACAGAAAUCGAAAACUACGCCUACCGCUACACCCUCUGCUGCUUCGGAACCACAUCGCUGGGCUUCCAGCUGAGGGACAACGACGGCACGCAGGAGUACCUCGACAACGCCGCCCGCUUCAAGCGGCACGUGGUCUACCGGCUGGAGCACCCGUGGCUCCUCCACGACGGCGUCUUCAAGUUCACCGCGCUGUUCCGCUCGUUCAAGCAGAACCUCCGGCGCAUCCACGAGUUCGGCGAUAACAUCAUACGCGAGCGGACCAAAGCGCUGGAGAGCGUCGCCGACGCCAAGCCCCCCAUGCUCGAUUUGCUGCUCAAGGCCCGCUCCCAGCGCGGCGACAUCGACGAUAAGGCCGUUAAAGACGAAAUCAACACCUUCAUAGCAGCGGCACACGAUACGAGCGCCGCUAGCUUGUGUUUUACUUUGAUGCUGCUGGCGAACAAUAAGGAAGCCCAGGAGGAGAUGUACGAAGAAAUCGUGAAAAGUUUGGGCAAAAACGAGGUGCCGAGUUACUACGCGCUGUCGCAGCUGAAGUUCAUGGACAGGUGCAUCAGCGAGAGCCUGCGGAUCUACCCGGUGGCGCCGAUUUUGAACAGGAUAGCGGGCGAGGAGGUGGUGACCAAGUCGGGCCACACCAUCCCGAAGGGCUGCAACAUGCUGUUGAACGUCAUCGAUAUGCACAGGGCGCCGGAGAUCUGGGACGAGCCCGACAAGUUCGAGCCGGACCGGUUCCUGCCGGAGAACGUGGCCAAGCGGCACCGAUUCGCGUACCUGCCGUUCGCGGCGGGCCAGCGGAACUGCAUCGGUAAGAAAUUCGCGCUGGUCGAGCUGAAAGCGGCGCUGUGCGCGGUGUUGAGGAGCUUCGUUUUGGAGCCCGUCGACCGGCCGGAGGAUGUAAAAUGCAUCAACUUAGGUCUGAUGAAGCCUGUUAGAAGCAUUAGGGUGAAGUUCGUGCCUAGGAAUUGAAAUUCUAAUUUAUUUUUCAGUAGUGUUACGCACUUAAGUCGAUUUGUUUCACUAAAAUAAUAAAUGUUAUACCGUUGGGUUUACUUAUUUUCCCUUUCAACUCCCUACUACUCUGCAGCUAUUAUUUGUUUCCGGUAGAUUCAAUAAAAUCAAAUAAAUGUUACACCGUUGAAUUUAUUUAUUUUCUUUUAUUUUUCUAUUAAACUUCCCCCUUGUGAUACAGUGCAUCACUAAUAGCUAGAGACCUACUCUCGCGUCUGCAGCUAU